AUGACAACGCAGUGGGCUGACCAGAACUGCGUUCCGUGUUCGAAAAAAGCGAUUCGUGAGCUGGGACUGCAACGCCUCACUCCUGACGAAACCCAGACCAAGCUGCAGCAGCUCGAGCCUGGCUGGACACUUAUGCCUCAGCCACAAAUUGGCAGCGCAACCACCAUGCUUCCGAAUGCUUUGCAAAAAGUUUACAAGUUCCGAAACUUUGCAACAGCCUCUGAGUUCGCCAGUGCCAUUGGCAAGGAAGCUGAUGCACAAGGUCAUCACCCAGCUAUCUUGCUCGAAUGGGGCAGCGUUGGUGUGUGGUGGUGGAGUCAUGCACUAGAAGGCCUUCACGAUAACGACUUUAUCAUGGCUUCCCGAACGGACCGCCUAGCCGCGUCAGCUCCGGGUCUCAAAGCUUAG